AUGCCCGCCGCUCUCUGCUCUGCCCUGGGCAGGGAGGCUCUCAGCGAGGCCGAGGCGGUGCUGAGUGCGGACGUGCGGCUGAGCCGGGGCCGCAGGAGGAGCGAGAGGCGCCUUCUCCUCCUCCAGGAGGAACUGGUGGUGGCCAAGUUGCAACGUGGCACCAGCGUGCGCCCACAGCUCCGCCUGCCCCUGGACCAGCUGUGGGUGCUGAGCGGCAGGAAGAAGGUGGCGUGGGAGGAAGAAGGACUGGAGGAGGAGGAAGGCAGCAAUGAGGACAGCACCUCCCUCGUCUUCAUCUGGCCCACCGGCUCCUGCGUUGCCAGUUUCGGCUCCCGGGCGCUGAAGGAGCUGUGGCUGGGCACACUGCUGAGGACACCCGAAGGAGCCAAGAGAGCCCGCGUGAGCCGUCUCCCAUCGCUCAAACUCCUGCAGAAGGAGCUGAGCCGCCGCCACGCCUGGAGGACAUUCAGCACCAGGAGCCUGGAGAGGCUGCUGGAGGGCCAGGCAGAGGCUGAGCCCAAGCAAAGGCCAACGACGGUCCCGUCUAACAACGAAGGGAUGGUCUCACCAGGUGAGUUUUGGAAAGAAAGGCAAGCUCCUCCUGCAAGCGCCUGAGCUGCGCUCACUUGUCCCUUGAGUGUCGCCAUGCAGGUUGGGCACCCCAAGGCAGGACGUCAGCCGGAGGAGGAAGGACACCCGCUGGGCAGCGGCCGCUGGACGUGGUUCUGCAGGGACACGCAGCCUCUGCUGCUGCUGCUGCUGCUGCUGCUGCCCACAGCUUGGAGCAGGGCAGGGCGAGGGCUGGGCCAGGCUGUCCCGCUGUCCCGCCGGCUCGCAGGAGCCUCCGAGCCGGAGCCGCUGAGCCGAGGCCGUGGUUCCAGCCGCUGGCUCCCUGCCCGUCCUGCUGCACCGCUCAGCACCGCGCUGCAGGCAGGGCAGGGCAGGCUGCGGGAAGCGCUGGCCGGGCGGUCUCCAUUGACGGGCUCGGGCUCUCUUUUCCUUUGCAGCAGGACGGAGCAGCAGCAGCAGGAGGAGGAGGAGGACAUGGCUGCCCUGGCCCUUUGCUCUGCGGCGGACCCCGGCCGCUGCCCAGGUGGGCUGCGGCUGCAGC